GUGGCACACCCAGCACAGUUAGGCUUCCAAAAUGCAGCCUCCCCCAUUAUAGAAGAACUGCUUCAUUUUCACGAUCAUGCAUUAAUAAUCGUUUUUCUAAUUAGUGCCCUAGUACUAUAUAUUAUUAGCUUAAUAUUAUCAACAAAACUUACACACACCAAUACAAUAGACGCCCAAGAAGUUGAAAUAAUUUGAACCAUCCUCCCUGCAAUUAUUCUUAUUUUAAUUGCACUUCCAUCCCUCCAAAUUCUUUAUUUAAUAGACGAGAUUAAUAACCCCCAUCUAACCAUCAAAGCAAUUGGCCACCAAUGAUACUGAAGCUAUGAAUAUACAGACUACGAAAGUCUGCUAUUUGACUCUUAUAUAGUUCCAACAUGUGAUCUUAAUCCAGGAAAUUUCCGCCUAUUAGAAGUAGACCACCGAGUUGUAAUCCCAAUAGAAUCUCCAAUUCGAAUUUUAAUUUCAGCAGAAGAUGUCCUGCAUUCAUGAGCUAUUCCAGCACUUGGUAUUAAAACUGAUGCAGUCCCAGGUCGAUUGAACCAAACCACCCUAAUUACCUCCUACCCCGGCCUAUUUUAUGGUCAAUGCUCAGAGAUUUGUGGAUCAAACCAUAGCUUUAUACCUAUCGUUGUAGAAUCUACACCCCUAAAACACUUUGAGACAUGAUCUAAAAUAAUAAUUUCUUCAU